AUGCCAACUCUCCCCUCAGAUGCCGCGAAUACGGUGAAGUUACGCAACCCCUUCGUCCCUGUGUCCUACGACUUGCACGUCAGCGUAGACCUCGCAGGUUGGAAGUACGAUGGGAAGGAAACAAUUGUACUGCGAAGGGCGGCUGAUGUGGAAGGAUCAAAGGAGCUGCAGUUGCAUUACAACUCAACGAUGGCUAUUCACGAGGUGUGUGGGGCGACAAUUGUGGGGCACAACCAAGAGGCCAGCACCUUGCAGUUGCAGCUGAGUGGUGAAACUGCGGAGGAGCACACGGUGACGUUCAGCUACACGCAAGAAAUUCGAGAGGAAAUGAGGGGCUUUUACCGUGUGUGCUUCAAAACUGGUGACGGCACGGAGCACCGCAUGGCUGCUACGCAUUUUGAGCCGACAGCAGCGCGCUGCUUUUACAUCUGUCAGGACGAGCCGGCAGCCCGUGCAGACUUCAAGCUCCGUGUGUCCCUUCCGUGCGACAUGGAAAACUACACGGUGCUGUCGAACGGUCCGCUCCGUGCGAAGAAGGUGGAGUCCAAUGUCGUGACCUAUGAUUUUGAGAUGGUGCCCGCAGUGCCUCCAUAUCUCACCGCGUGUUUCGUGGGGGAACUGGAACACAUUGGUACCACAACCUGUGGCAUACCGAUAAGGGUCUACACAGUACCUGGAAAGCUGCAGCGCGCAGCAUUCGCACUCCGCACUACCGCCUUUGCAUUGGAGUACUUCGAGAAGUUCUUUGAUUGCAAGUACCCCCUACCCAAGUUAGAUGUCGUCGCCGUACCGGACUUUCCAAUCGGGGGGAUGGAAAACUGGGGUUGCAUUGCCUGCGUGGAGGCCAUUUUGGUGGAUGAAGAAACGUCCAGUGUUGCAGCACUGAAGGGUGCCGCGGAGUUGAUCUGCCACGAGGUGUCGCACAACUGGUUUGGCAACCUGGUGACCGUCAACUGGUGGGAAGGACUAUGGCUGAAGGAGGGAUUUGCCUCGUGGUGUGGCUAUGACGCUGCCCACCAAUUACAGCCGGCAUGGAGGGCCAACGAGGACGCCAACGCAAGUGUGGCGAGCGCACUGAUAAGUGACAUGUACGAGCACAGUCAUCCUGUGGAAGUUCCCAUCCGCGAUCCCGCGGAGAUUACUCAGAUAUUCGACGCGAUUAGCUACGACAAGGGGAUGGGUCUGGUGCACAUGCUAGAGGCGUUCCUAGGCGAGAAGUGGGCAUCUUCGGUGGCCCAUUACAUCAAAAAGCAUCGCUAUGGCGCAACAACGACGAAACAACUGUGGGAGGCACUGGAAGAGUCCUCUGGGGUCCCACUGACGGAGGCGAUGGAUUCUUUCACAACACAGAUGGGUUUCCCUCUUGUCCACGUCAGCCGCCCAUCGUCUGGCGUAGUUAUACUGCGCCAAGAGCCUUGUCAAUUUGCCUCUGCGACUGAGCGGAGGAGUACUCUAUGGUGUGUGCCUGUGGUGUUGGAAGGCGCCAAUGGGACCAGCCACCGUGUCGCCUUGCGGGGGAGCGGGGAACAGCGUGUGGAUCUCCCUAAAGAGCUCGCUCAGUCGCCCUGGAUUAACGCAAACCCGCGGAGGCGAGGCUUCUUUCGUUGCAGAUACGAUGAAGCAAGCUUCUCGUCAUUGUUGGGGGCAUACAAGUCUCUUACCAUCCCUGACCGUUGUGGUUUGAUUGCAGACACACUGGCGUCCGUGUACAUGGGAAAUAAUGACGUGGAGCGUUUGUCUAUCCUCCGGUGCGUCCUCACAGAGCGAGAGUUGAAUGCGGGAGUGUGGCAGGAGUACUACCACGAUAUGAAUGACUUCCUUGGAUUCGUGGAAGAUGGCAACGUGCGGCGGGAGCUGCGACACAAUCUAAUGUACCAGAUUAUGGUUGUGGCGACGAAGCUUGUUUCGACAGAACCGUGUACGGCAGAGGAGCGCCUGCAGCGUGCCUUCUUUAUCAACGCAUGCAUUUCCACGGCACUUCAUUGCCUGUCUGCAAAGGAGGCACUCGCGCUGCCAGCAGUUGAGUGGGCACUGAAGGAAGCAGAUGCUUAUCUGGGAGGGUCAACGUAUACCGCCGACACGCUUACCAUGUCCCUGGCAGCGUAUAUACGCUUAGGACCCGGGGAAACUUCGGCACGUGCGCAGACUGUGUGGAAUCGGUUUGCGGAGGCUCAUGACAACGUAGAGUUAUGCCGCUCGUUGCUGCGAGCCGUCUGCUAUGCCGAGGAUGCCGAAUUUGUCGAGGGUAUUGCGAAGCGCUGUAUCUAUAACGACGGUAUCCGGUCACAGUAUGGUGGUGUGAUAUUUUCUGCGAUGGCGGGAAGCCCCUCUCUUCCAAAUGGCUAUGUCUGGUCGCUGUUCAAGAAGCACUUCCAGGGAAUCGAGAAGCAGUGGGGAAGCGGAACGUUUCGGAUUCAGGCCAUCGUGGAAGCUGUUGGCUCUUCACUCACGGGUGAAGCAUAUGCUAAGGAGUUCGACGAAUUCUUCCGAUUGAAUCCGCUUCCUCAUGCGCGACUGGCCGUGCACCGAGCUGUGGAGCGCAUAAGGAUGAGCGGCUGGUUACAGAGCCGGUGGGGAUGUGGACAAAAGCUCUCCUACCUGUUCUUUCCGCGGUGA